CGUACACUUGUUUUUAAUAAUUUUGUUUUAUUGUCAUAUUUUACCAAUCUAAGCUCCCACACUCUAAAGUGAACUUUGCCUUUAUCCCGAUUUUUACUAAGUUUUGUCAUAAUUUCUGCAAUGGCCGUCUCCCCUAUAUUCUUGGAAUCGGGAAAACUAGUAAAAUCAAAUCUUGGAUCUCGAUAACCAAUUUUGUAAAAGAAAUAUGGUGUUUAAACUCCAAGCUAAAACACCCCUCGUUUGGCCAUCCCCUAAAUUUUCGGCAAUUCCACCCCGUAAAAGGAAAUGUAUUUUCAAGAUUUUUUGCUGCGAGAAGAAUGUUUCUUCUUCUGAUUCUACGAAUGAGAACAAAUUUGGAUUCAAGCUGGUGAGCCAGGCACUGGGUGACAAAAAUUGGAAAUUCAACGAUAUUGAUGCAAAUGCAAUGCAAGAAUCGGUAAACCAGUGGCUUUCAAAGACCCAAAGCUUUUUCAACAACGUCGCUUCUCCACUUGUAAGAUCGGUGAAUGAUAGAAGGCCUAACCUUCAGAAUGACAGUGAAGAUAUGGAUGAUAUAUUAAUUACUGAACAAACUGUUGAUUCUAAAACUCCUGGAGGAGAACUUUCUGAAGCUGCCAUUGUCUCUAUCGAGCAAUUUAGCAGGAUGAAUGGGCUGACUGGGCAGAAAAUGCAGAAAAUAUUUAAGGCUCUUGUCCCUGAAUCUGUAUAUAAUGAUCCGCGUAAUUUGGUGGAAUAUUGCUGCUUCAGGUUUUUGUCAAGGAACAGUGUUGAUGUUCAUCCUAGCCUCAAGGAACCUGCAUUUCAGAGGCUAGCUUUCAUCACCAUGCUUGCGUGGCAGAAUCCGCACAGGAAAGGAAAGGAUAGUAGGGUUAAGUUUCUUGAUAAAAAUACAUUCCAUAGGAAGCUUGUGGGGGAAGAGGCAUUCAUUCGCAUUGCGCCAGCUGUCGCUGGAGUGGCUGAUAUUCCCACUGUACAUAAUCUUUUUAAAGCUCUUGCUGGUGAUGAGAAUGGCAUCUCGUUUUCUGUAUGGUCGACAUAUAUUAAUGAACUUAUCAAAGUGCAUGAAGGUCGGAGAUCUUACCAAUCUCAGGAGUUCUCGUCGAAUCAUUCCGAAGAGAAAAUCCUAUGUCUUGGUUCUAGCCGAAAGCAGCCUGUAAUAAAAUGGGAAAAGAACAUGGCAUGGCCAGGGAAGCUGACUUUGACUGACAAGGCACUUUACUUUGAGGCAGUUGGGUUGUUGGGAGAAAGAGAUACUGUGAGGCUGGACCUUACUAGCAAAGAAUCGAAAAUAGAGAAAACAAGAGUUGGGCCUUUGGGAUCGAAUCUUUUCGACUCAGCUGUUUGUGUCACGUCUGGCCCAGAUUCGGAUGCAUUAGUACUCGAAUUCGUCGACCUCGGAGGCGAGAUGAGGCGAGACGUAUGGUUCGCGUUUAUCCACGAAAUCAUCUCCCUUCACAGAUUCAUCUCCGAGUACGGGCCUAGGGACGGCGACCCAUCGAUACACGACGUGUACGGGGCCCACAAAGGCCGGGCCCGCGCUUCGGCCCACGCAUCAAACUCCAUAGCCCGGCUUCAGGCUCUCCAGUUCAUGCGCCGCACGGCCUCGCUCGACGACCCCACGAAGCUCGUCCAGCUGUCGUACCUCCACAGCGCGCCCUAUGGGGAAAUUGUGCUCCAAACACUUGCUGUCAGCUUCUGGGGUGGGCCCGCCAUUAGGAGCCUCUCUGGGGAGAAGGAGGCUGAGUCUCUCGAGUAUAAUAUAAAUAAUGUGUAUGAUGUGGACGGGAGUGUGUAUUUGAGGAAAUGGAUGAGGUCGGGUUCGUGGGGUUCGAGUGCCUCACUCGCGUUCUGGAGGAGUGGUUUGUCUGUGAGAAAGGGAGUUGUGCUCGGGAAGAAUUUUGUCGUCGGGGAGAUGAAUUUGGUGGAGAGGGCAGCUGUGACGUGUCGGGAUAGGUACAGAGUGGCUGAGAAGACUCGGGCCACGAUUGAUGCUGCUAUGAUUGAAGGGAUCCCGAGCAACAUUGACCUUUUCAAGGAACUUGUACUUCCGUUGACUCUCACGGCCAGAAAUUUUGAAAGGCUUCGGCGAUGGGAGGAUCCUCUCGUAACAACAUCUUUUCUUGCACUUGUGUAUACGCUCAUCUUCCGAAACUUGGUAUCGUUUGCAUUCCCAGUGAGCUUGAUGAUGUUGGCUGCCGGCAUGUUAUUGCUGAAAGGUCUGAAAGGACAAGGGAGGCUCGGGAGGUUUUUCGGAAAAGUCGCGAUAUACGAUCAACCUCCAUCCAACACCAUCCAGAAAAUCAUUGCCCUGAAAGAGGCCAUGCGUGAAGUCGAAAAGUACCUCCAGAAUGUGAAUGUUGUCCUUCUCAAGAUACGCUCAGUCAUACUUUCCGGCCACCCUCAGGUUACUACGGAAGUUGCUCUGGCUCUACUAUUUGGUUCAACCGUUCUGCUUGUGAUCCCGUUCAAAUACGUUAUGGCCUUUGUUAUAUUUGAUCUCUUCACGAGAGAGCUGGAGUUCAGAAGAGAAAUGGUGGUGGCAUUCAUGAAGUUUGUGAAAGAGAGAUGGGAUGUGGUGCCUGCAGCCCCUGUUGUGGUGCUGCCCUUCGAGGACAGUCACGAGCGCAAGGCACAAGUCGAUGACGAUGAAGGCAAGACAGAUAGGGCUAUUCAAGAACAAUAGUUUUAUUGUGGAGUUUGGAAUUUGUAGAAGGUUACAGUCGAUCAGAUUUCUUUCCGUCUCGGACAAGAUUCUCUACCGAGAAAUGAGAAAAAAGAUGAAGAAAAUAAAAUUAGAGGGAAUAUUUGUGAGUGGUUUGUUGGUUGAUGUAAAUCUAGGCGUGGCCAAUACCCGGGCCGGUUUACGGCCCGGCCCGGUAGGUCGCCGGGCCUCAAAACAUGGGCCCUGAAUCGCUGGUUCAGCGACCCGCCGAUUUUUGCCCGGUUUCUGGUAGGUUUCGGUUUUUUAAAUAUUAUUAUUAUUAUUUUUAUUAUUAUUAUUGGUUAAGUAACUUUACUUGAAAAAAAA